UGUGUGGCCACGUGGAAUGGUAACGAGACUCAACGUCUAAGAACGUCGUUUGACAGUCAACAGCCAUCUUUGAUAACUUUACGAAGUUUGGUAAUUUUUAAUCUUGUUGCAUCUUGCUCAUCUAAGGUGCAAUUAUGAAGCUUGUUAGGUUUUUGAUGAAACUAAGCCACGAGACGGUGACAAUUGAACUUAAAAAUGGAACAGUAGUUCAUGGAACUAUAACUGGUGUGGAUAUGAGUAUGAAUACUCAUCUCAAAGCUGUAAAAAUGACUGUCAAGAACAGAGAACCCAUGCAGCUAGAUUCUUUAAGUAUCAGAGGAAAUAAUAUUCGAUAUUUCAUACUCCCAGAGAGCUUACCACUAGAUACAUUAUUAGUAGAUGAUGCUCCCAAAGCAAAGGCCAAGAAGAAGGAAGCAGUUGCAUUAGGUCGUGGUAGAGCAAGAGGCAGAGGAAGAGCAAGGGGAAGACCAUUAGGACGUGGUGGACCUGAGCGUGGAGGCAGAAAAUAAUUAUAUUCCCCAAGAGCAGUAUCUAUAGUACUCUACCAGCCUGGAGAGUUUUGGCACUAGUACAGUUGAUGAAUAAUGGCUUUGAGAUGACUUGAAAUAUAAAGAGGGUCUUAUAAGGAAGCUCUACAUGUAUUUUCAGGUGUCAAAUAGAUGACAGUAUGUAACUUGGAUUGAUAGGCAAGCAAGUUUCUUUCUAUAAAAUACAUGUUAGAAUAACCGUCUUUUUUACUGACACAAAAGAAAGUGAAUGUUCGUGCUCUAAUUGAGCACACAUAUUUAUUUAAAAAUAUAGAAUCAAACUUUUGCAUGGAUGACUUUUGCAAACUUAUGUGAUGGAUGGAAGCCAAAAACAUCUGGAGUUAGUUGUCUGGGGCAAUGAAACAUGAAAUGUGCUUAAGUUUCCUCAUAACACUAUUACCAAAGAACUGUCAAAGUUAUGUCUUAUUCAACAUUGACUCUGAAA